UCUCCUCCCUCACUCGUUUCCAAACAUUCUUUCCCAUUCUAUUCUCUCUUUUCUUUCACCCCAAAAGAGGAAAUGCUUAUUUUCUCGUGAACCAUGCCUUUCAGUGGACUUGUAGUUUACAGGCAAUGAACCAUGGGUCUUUUCCGGCGACUCUUCGGCGCCAAGAAGUCCGCCCAAGCCCGCCCUGAUAGAGACAGGAGGCGUUGGAGCUUUGCCAGAUCUUCCAAUCCCACGUCUUCAAGUUCGCAUCGUGAUGCUCUAUCUGGUUCAUGCGAUGACACAUUGGAUGCCAACAAGCACGCCAUAGCAGUGGCAGCUGCCACUGCUGCUGUAGCUGAGGCUGCUCUCGCGGCAGCGCAUGCAGCGGCUGAGGUUGUUAGGCUAACAAGUGGAGGUGGCGGGGCCGGUGGGAGCAACAGACGCCUCGCACAGGAGAUGGCGGCUGUUAAGAUACAGUCCGCUUUUCGAGGUUAUCUGGCACGGAGGGCACUAAGGGCAUUGAAAGCAUUGGUGAAGCUUCAAGCACUAGUGAGAGGCCACAUUGUGAGAAAGCAAACAGCAGACAUGCUUAGGCGGAUGCAAACGUUGGUCAGACUGCAAGCUCGAGCCCGUGCCAGUCGUGCUUAUGUGACAAAAUCUUUUGAUUCUGCCGGCAAGAUGUCCCAAUCACGAAAUGCUGUCCCUGCAAGCUCUGUAAAAGAUGAAUGCCAACUCCGUGCUUAUAGUACUAAGUUUGAUGGGCCCUCAAUCCUCAAGAGAUGUGGUUCAAAUUCCAACCUGGGGGACAUCAUUGAUCUAGAGAAAGCACGGAUGGGUUCAAAUUGGUUAGACCGUUGGAUGGAGGAAAGUUUAUGGAACAACAACAGAGAUGUUCCACUUAGACAUGGGCAUGUUGAUGAUGAGAAGAGUGACAAAAUCCUUGAAGUAGAUACUUGGAAGCCUCACUUGAACACCCAACAAAGCAACAGGAACUUUAGGGCAUCUCAGCAUGGUUCAGCCUUGGAUUAUAACCACAGCUUUAUGACGUACGACUCACCAAGAAAACUAUCAGGAAAAGCUUCAAAUCCCUUACCAAAUCUCACUUCAGCAGAAGUUUUAGCAUUAAGCUCUCUGAAAUAUCCUGGAGGAAAAGAUGAAGCAGUUUUAAGGACCGCCGACAACAGCCCACAAGUGCUUUCUGCAUCAUCUAGACCUGGAAGUAGUGCUAGGAGAAGUCCUUUCACACCCGCAAGAAGUGAGUGCUCAUGGGGCUAUUUAAGUGGAUGUUCUGGUCAUCCCAAUUACAUGGCUAACACGGAAUCAUCCAGGGCCAAGUAUCGGUCCCAGAGUGCCCCGAGGCAGAGGCUAGAGUUUGACAAAUAUGGUUCAACCAGACGAACUUUUCAGGGGUUGUGGGAUUCGGGGACUAAUUCAGAAAGAGAUUUUCCUCAGCAUGUUGACUUCAGGUACAGAGUCCAUCCAGCUUCUGGUGGCUUGAAUAGGCUUGGUAGUGCCAACCAAAGGGAAUGAUCCCUCCCCCUCCUAUUUUCAUUUCCUGGUGUGUGACAGCAAUGCUAGAGUUGUAAUUAAUUUACCAUCAUGUUACAAUCUUUGUACCUGCACGAUCAAUCUUAACAUUAUUGAUAUUGAAAACGGGCACAGCUUCCAAAGAAAAAUAUGACCCGUCAUUCGCUCAACAUGUUAAGAUUUUCAGUUCUCGGUCCUUAAAUUAGUUUGUAUUUAUGUAACAUGGUUAUACUUAUAUAUGAACCACUUUGCUGUUCUACAAAUGCUA